AGAAGCUUUUGAAAGAGCAGAAAGAAAAGGAGAGGAUGAAAAAGGAGGAAGAAGAGAGGAAGAAGAUAGAAGUGGAGGAGAAAAGAAGGAGAGAGGAGAAAGAGAAAGCGGAAAGGAAAAUGAAGGAGGAAGAAGAGAAAAAGAAGCGCCUGCAAGAGAAGGAAGAGGUGGAAAGAAGAAAGAAAGAGAAGGAGCAGGAAGAAAGGAGGAGGGGGGAGGUUCAAGUAACUCUGGCCUGCAGUCUGGAGGCCAACAGGUCAGAUGAGGACAAGCAGAAGAUGAAGACUUUGGUUUCAUCUUCGUCGGUUUCUCAGCCAAAGACACACACACCUCCUCCCAGUUUCAAACACUCCCCCGCUGCACUUAGAGAUGCAACACAACCCCGACUUAUCGUUCCUCACUUCCCUCCUCUGGACAAAAACAGUGUUACAUCUGAGCAGCUGCCCUCCCAAAGCCUCAGCCAAUCACAAUCCAGAGAGGAAGCCUCUCCAUCAGAUAUUAAACAAAGCUCCAUAAACUCCAACGAGCGCCCACACAGAGAAGAUACAGCUGAGGAACCCCAGCCAAAAGAUACAGAAAUGCAUCCCAUAGUCUCAGCCCCUGCUCAACCCGGUGCACCACCAGCUGAAGAGGAACCCAAAGAGCCAGAGGGACCAAAAGUGGAACCAGCGACCUCACUCGAGGUUUCCCCCAAACCAAGCAAUGAGCGCACUGCUUUGGCACUGGAGCCGCUGCUUCCCUCAAAACCAGAACCAGCACUGCGGCCAGAACCAGUUCUCCCGCCAUCAGGAAAACCCCAACAGGAGGGAGCAGAUGAGGAGAAACCAGUUGACGACAUGUCCGGUGGUCAGGAGAGUCUCAUCGACAAUAAGGAGCCAGUGUGCGAGGCCGAAAAGCAGCUGUGGGCGACCGUGGAGGAGACCACAGCAGAGGCAGGAGUGGAAAGAGGGAUGGAAAGUAGUGAGAGCACUGAAGAGAAGAAUGAGAAGGAGGAGGAGGAAGAGGGUGGUGUAAUAGGGGGCUAUGAGACAAUGGCCUCCAUGUUGCAGACAACCGGAUCAGCUGAUGCAGGUCAACAACAUGCCUCUGCAGAUGGACCUAUGCUUCCUAUGAGUGAAGAAGAUCAGCCAUGUUUGCUAGAAGCAGAUGCAGAGAUGCUGUAUUCCUCUGAGCCAGAUGAUGAUCCACUGAUUCCCGUCAGUGUGGACAUUUCACCACCCGCAGCUUUCUCUGACACGACACAAAACCAGACAAUUAGUGAACAGAAGUCCUCCGAGGCUCACUUAGCUCCGAAACCAGAGUGCUUACCCUCAGAGGGGAAACACGGGCUAAGUCUCGUGGCAAGUUUGCGACUGGCGGCCAUUGAGCAGGAGAAGGAGAGAGAGCAGGAGAUGGCGAGAAGGGAGAAAGAAAGGAUAGAAAGAGAGACAAAGGAGAGAGAAGAAGCAGAGAGGAAGGAACAGGAAAUGCAGGAACAAGAGAGGUUGAAAAAGGAGGAAGAGGAGAUGGAGAGGAAGGAGAAAGAAAGGGUAGAGAAAAAAGAGAGAGAAAGAUUGGAGAAGGAAAAGCAGGAAGGAGAGAGGUUGAAAAAGGAGAAAGAGGAGAUGGAGAGGAAGGAGAGAAAAAGGGCAGAGAAGAAAGAGAGACAAAGGUUGGAGAAGGAAAAGCAGGAACAAGAGAGGUUGAAAAAGGAAAAAGAGGAGAUGGAGAGGAAGGACAAAGAAAGGGCAGAGAAGAAGGAGAGAGAAAGGUUGGAGAAGGAAAAGGAGGAACAAGAGAGGUUGAAAGAGAGGGAGGAGAAAGAAAGGGCAGAUAUGAAAGAGAGAGAACGGUUGGAGAAGGAAAAGCAGGAACGCAAGAGGUUGAAAAAGGAGAAAGAGGAGAUGGAGAGGAAGGAGAAAGAAAGGGCAGAGAAGAAAGAGAGAGAGAGGUUGGAGAAGGAAAAGGAGGAACAAGAGAGGUUGAAUAAGGAAAAAGAGGAGAUGGAGAGGAAGGAGAAAGAAAGGGCAGAGAAGAAGGAGAGAGAAAGGUUGGAGAAGGAAAAGGAGGAACAAGAGAGGUUAAAAAAGGAGAACGAGGAGAAAGAAAGGGCAGAGAAGAAAGAGACGGAGAGGUUGGAGAAGGAAAAGGAAGAACAAGAGAGGUUGAAAAAGGAGAAAGAGGAGAAAGAAAGGGCAGAGAAGAAAGAGAGGGAGAGGUUGGAGAAGGAAAAGCAGGAACAAGAGAGGUUAAAAAAGGAGAAAGAGGAGAUGGAGAGGAAGGAGAGAGAAAGGUUGGAGAAGGAAAAGGAGGAACAAGAGAGGUUGAAAAAGGAGAAAGAGGAGAAAGAAAGGGCAGAGAAGAAAGAGAGGGAACGGUUGGAGAAGGAAAAGCAGGAACGAGAGAGGUUGAAAAAGGAAAAAGAAGAGAUGGAGAGGAAGGAGAGAGAAAGGGCAAUGAAAGAAGAGAGAGAGAGGUUGGAGAAGGAAAAGGAGGAACAAGAGAGGUUGAAAAAGGAGAAAGAGGAGAAAGAAAGGGCAGAGAAGAAAGAGAGGGAGAGGUUGGAGAAGGAAAAGCAGGAACGAGAGAGGUUGAAAAAGGAGAAAGAGGAGAUGGAGAGGAAGGAGAGAGAAAGGUUGGAGAAGGAAAAGGAGGAACAAGAGAGGUUGAAAAAGGACAAACAGGAGAUGGAGAGGAAGGAGAGAGAAAGGUUGGAGAAGGAAAAGGAGGAACAAGAGAGGUUGAAAAAGGAGAAAGAGGAGAUGGAGAGGAAGGAGAGAGAAAGGGCAAUGAAAGAAGAGAGAGAGAGGUUGGAGAAGGAAAAGGAGGAACAAGAGAGGUUGAAAAAGGAAAAACAGGAGAUGGAGAGGAAGGAGAGAGAAAAAGAAGAGACAAAGAGGUUGGAAAAAGAGAGAGCGGAGCUUAAUAACAAGCAAAGGGAGGAGAGGGAGAGGGAAGAGAGAAAAGGAGAAAAAACACAACAGAGACAAGAGAUACUUCCUGGCCCUUUAUCAGUGCAAAGCAAGCAGGAAGUGGGUGACUGCCAAUAUAACGACUGGCCGCCAUUGAGGGAGGCAGAAUUGGACGAUAUUGCGUAUGAUGAGAAGCUACAGGAUGAUGGUGAAGACUUGGGAUGCAAAUCUGAUCCCAAAUUAAUGCCUACGGUUAAUUCUAAAGCUGAAAACAAACUGAUGUCAACCGAACCAGCUGAUUCUGUCCCUAUAGCAACAAACAAACUUGACUCUAGAUCAGACAAAUGUGUGGACUCUGUCGUUGCUGUUAAAAAGUCCCUGGAUAAUUCUGGCGUGAGAUCAGUUAAAAAAGGCAAAUCCAACAUGAAAUCGGGUGCCAUCCCAGUGUGGAUGAGAGAGGAGGAGGAGGAGGAGGAGGAAGACGAAGAGGUGGAGUAUGAGAAAGGACAGGAAGAUCUUGGCACCAUCUGGCUGGCUGAGCUGUACAUGGAUGGGGAAGCAGGGUGAGUAAAUAAGGGGUGAGAGGAAUAAAUAGCAACAGGGACGAAACAGGGAGAGAGAGAGAGAGGUGAGUAACCAGGA